UUGUUACAAGCUUCAGUAUCCAUUAAAGAUGGUUUCCCAGCAUGUCACAAUAAGAGUGGGUUUCAUGCUGUAGCCUGGUUUGUGAGUGAAAACUUAUUAUGCCUGUCGAUGACAUUGAACAGACAGGGACAGCAAAAAGUGAAAAUUAUUCAAAAGUUAAAAAAAGUUCAAGCAGAAGCCCAAGAGAUCACAAGCAUAGAAGAAGAUCAGGUUCUGAGCACAGGAAACGCAGUUCAGAGAGCAGACGAGAGAGUGAAAGACGCAGGAAUACAGCACCAACAGCUUCAAGUAGAAUUGAAGGUGAAGAAGAAGAGUGGAAUAAAAAAGUUUGGAAAAUUAUAAUGACAGUAUUGGGCUCAUUGACAGUUGCUGGGGUUGUGAUAGGGCUUUCUGUUCAUUUUCUGGGAGGUGCAAGCUCUGAUCUGCCAGGCGUUAGUAAUGAUGAAACUUAUUCAUCAACAACAACAGUAUCAUAUGCCACCCUAUCCACCACUCCUUCACCUUACAAUGAUAGUGUAUGGGAUGGCAUUAGAGGGGAUUGUGGAGUGCCAAGAAUAAAACCAGAUUUGAAGCGUGGUCGAAUCGUUGGUGGUGAUGAGGCAGUUGCUAAUUCAUGGCCAUGGCAAAUAAGUUUAGUCAAGUAUAUCAGCUUUGGAGAUGGGUAUGCAUCACUAAAGCACAUAUGUGGUGGUACAUUAAUCGGACCCAACACUGUCAUAUCAGCCACUCAUUGCUUUCUUAACCGAGAUCGCACACAAACCACCACCAAAGCUGAUUCUUACAGAGUUAUUGUUGGUGGACACGAUAAGUCAAAGUUAACCAAAGGUGCCAAAAUGAGCAAGAUUGCUCAAAUAAUCCACCACCCACUGAACAACCUUGCCACAUUCUCCAAACAAAGGGUGGCGCCUGUCAAUGAUAUCUCGCUGCUUAAGUUGGUCAACAGUUACAACCCAUCUCGGACAUCACCAGUGGUUGCAUUUGCUUGUCUUCCAAAACCCAAAGUGUUUCCACCUGUGGGGAAACGAUGCUGGUCAAGCGGAUGGGGAAGGACCAUGUAUACUGGUUCUGAUGAUGUUCUGAAGCAAUUACCUCAACCUAUAGUGUCCCAGCAGCUUUGCACCAAGUUUUACAGCAACAUGAUAAGCUAUGACAAGCAUCUAUGUGCCCUGGAAUCAGCUGCAGGAACUUGUCAGGGAGAUAGUGGUGGACCUUUGGUGUGCCAAGGCAGUGACAUGAAGUGGUCCUUGUAUGGUGCAACAAGUUUUGGGCCUGUCCCGUGUGCUACAGCACCAGGAGUGUUCAGCUCUGUUGCAAACUAUAUUGAGUGGUUAUGUUGCCACAUGGAUGAGACUGGACCAUGUGCGAAAAUUGCAUGCAAGUUGCCGUAAUAGUAUUUUUUUGUGUUGAUGAUGCGCAAACUGUGUUAGGUUCUUGUUUAUAGUAUACCUUCUAAGUGUUUAUAAUAUACAAGUGAUUUUUACAUACACAAGUGAUUUUAUAUAAAUGUUGUAGACUCUUUGUUUUUUUUACUUUGUUUUGCAUGCUAACGCCAUUUCACAAAAAAGAAAUGCUGAACACAACUUGGCAACAAUAAUAAAAUGUAAAAACAUGCA